AUGUCACCAGCUAGAAUUGCGGAGGAAACAUUGGAAGAGUCUAAUAAGAAAGAAAAUAAUGUCAAUGAUAUUAUUCACACUGUAGCUGCAACAGAACACUCGAACUCGAAGGUAGAGCAUAUCAGUGAUGCUUCACAGAUCGAAGUUGAUUAUCUUGACAUGGAGGACUUAAUCGAAACAAAACAGCAAAGGAGAUGGCUAAUCUUAUUAUUACUGAAGUUGAAGAUGGAGAUGACUAUUCGUGAAAACAUAUCAAGAAAAUUUGGAAAUGCAGUUGGUCAUUUCCUUUACAUAUGUUAUCAAUCGAAAGAGGCACAGAGUGAAGAAUAUAAAGAUUCCAAUCGCAAACGAAGAACGCGUUAUGAUUGCAGAGUGGAUAUCUAUCACAAAUCUCUCCAUCUGCGUCCAAACCUUUGCAUUGAGAUGCCUGACAAACUACGGGAAGAGAUCAAAACACACUCGCAUCUUACUGUAGUGAACUUAAAAAAUCACCUUCGACGUCAAAGAUACAAUAUAUCGAAAUACUCACCCAAGCGUAUUUACUUCUGGAAGUCUAUAGCAAACCAAAAACUAUUCCAACGUUAUGAUGACCACAUUGAAUCUGCGUGCAAGUUGCUCACUGAAUACAACAGUCAUGACUUCCAUUGGUGUUUAGAUAUAAGAGAUUCGGAGACCACAGCUAUUAGUUUUACCACUCCAUUGCUAGAUGAAAUCCAAAAUUAUGGCAUUAAUAUUACUGAGAUAUACAU